GGAGAAAGCCGUGGGAAUCCGCGGUGUCCCCCCUGCCCCCGCGCCUCGCUCCAGGAUUGGACGAGGGGGCUUCCUGGAACGUUCCUGAGCCGCGCCAGGUCCAAUCAGAGGAGCCGUUCCGCGCCACCACCCCCUGCGACUCGAGCCGCCUUUUGUUUUGGGCUCCGCUUUGCAGGCGCGGCUCCUCCUCGUUGCUUCUUCUCUGCAAGAUGACUGGCAACAGCAGCGCGGGAACCAGCAACGGCCGCAAGGGCCGUGGCGUUUCGUGGCGGCUCCAGGAAACCUUGAAUCUCCUGGACAUCUGGGGAGAGCAGAAAAUCCAAGACCAGCUCCGCAACAGCCACCAGAACAUAGACUUUUUCGAAUACAUCGCCCAGAAGAUGGCCACGCGGGGCCAUCGCCGGACCGCCCUGGAGUGCCGCUCAAAGACCAAAGUGAUGAGGCUGGAAUACAAGCGUGUGAUUGAUCACAACUCCAAGGCGGGGAGCAGCAAGGUGACUUGCCCUUUCUACGAACAGCUGCACCGCAUCCUCCAGGGCAACGCGAGCAUGAAACCCAGCCGUGUCGGGCGAACCCUGAGCUUCCACCUGGUGCCGCAGCCGGAAGCAGCGCAGGAACAGCCGCAGCCGGCAGCGGAAGAAAUCAUCCCACCGGACGUUCAUGUGGUUAAUGUCGGAGAAUACCUCAAGCAAGAGGACUCUGGUAGGUUUCCACAGCCACAGCAGCCCAGAGUCCUGCUUAUGCUAUUCAGUCAUUUUAAUAUUUCUCCACACCGAUAUUUAGCGAUGCCAACUCAACAGGAUCAUUUCUGGGGGGAGUUAGAUUGGCAGUAUGCGUUGCGGCCUCCUGUUUCCUUUCUCAAGAGAAAAUUGCCGCAGUUAUAUCCUUGGAAUGGUGACUGGAAUGGAGGAAGACACAGCAAUGAAGGCAGUGGAAGAGACCUUGAUUAUCAGAGACCCCAAGUUAACCAAAUAAGCCCCUCGCAUCAGGAUGCCCACAUCAACACAGAACCCCCCGUGGCCCACCCGCCCCCAGCCCCAUCUCCCCUGGCUGACUUUGCCAUACUGCGGCCCAAGAAGAGGAAAGGGGCCGAGACCCUGUUCCAGGAGUUGCUGCAGCAGUCGAGAGAGGAACAGGAGGAGCUUCUCCUGGAGAUGGGCCGUGACAGAGAGGUGGCGCUCAGUCUCCUGAAGACCCUGAGGCAGGACGCGGCCGGGUGCCGGGAGGAGCGGAGGCAGAUUAUGGAGACGAUGCGCGCCCACAACGAGAUUCUGAAGGGACUGGCCGCCAACCUCAGCAGCCUCACCGACGCCUUUGCCAGCCACCCGCAGGCCAGGACACCUCGCCCCAGCGUGCCCAACAGCGCCCCGGCCCAGAGGGGCCAUGCCAGGCCGAAUGACGAGAACUGCAGCCCGCGGAGCCCCCUCCGUAGGUUGCACUCCAACAGCCUGUCCUCAUCCCUGUUCCCCGCCAACAACACGCACCACAUGGCCUAGCCUGGGAGAGACCAAAGAAAUGGCCGUCGCGAACACUUGUGUUUUUUACCAAGAGACGUUUUCCAGUAAGUUUUUGAAAACAGGUUGUUGUGAAAGAACGGGUAGCUUGAAAUAAACUCGUUGCCGAAAAAGGAA